AUGAAAAUUUUAAUAUUCUGUAAAGUUAUAUUCUUGUCAAUACUUUGUUUUAUUAUAUAUAUCCCAACUUAUUUUGUUUAUGGACAAAGUGAACCUAAAUUUCAAUUAUUACAUACUUCAAUAGCUUUCGUAGUAUCUUUUAUUAUUUGUUGCAUUGUCGCAUAUAAGUUUUGUGAUAAAACAGAAAGUUCAGUUAAAGUUGGUGAAAAAUCGUUAGAAUCAUCUAAAUCAUGUUAUAUCCAAGGAUUGCCAAAAGUGACUCCAAUCCCAAAAGCAUCAAUUGCUCCAGGAAGUCAUAUAGUUUAUGACCUUCAAAAAAAGGAACAAGACUUAUUAUUAAAAAUACGAGAAAAAGAAAAUGCACUUAAAUUUGAAAGUGAUCCACAAGUUCAAGCAGAUUUGAGAGUGGAAAUUCAAAGAUUAGAAUCCGAAUUAGAUGGUAUUAGACAAGCUAUGAAAAUGAAAAAUGAUCAAGCAAGAAAAAGAGUUUCAACUGCUUGA